AGCGCAGGGACGAGGGAGGGGGGGGAAUCCGAAUGGAAGCCAUCGGCGAAGCAUAAUCGACUCAGUCGAGUUUUAAAUAGCCAAGUACUUAACAAUUUGAGAAUUACAACUUUAAAAACAAGCAUUGUUAUUGGCGCCGGUGUUGCGAAAAUCGUCGCAUUGCUUGAAGUCACCGCAGCCGGCUUCGCUUCAAGUAGUUGGCGCCUUGUUUAUAUUGUGCGAGGAGGUUUUAGAGAAGAGGCCCUGUCGGUUGGAGUGGAAAGAAGCGGCCGUCUCCGGAGUGUGACUGAAGCGGUUCGGCCUUCUCCAGCGGCAGAUAGAGAAUAUGAAACAGGCAUCACAAUGACAUCACGAUUUGGUAAAACCUACAGUCGCAAGGGAGGGGAUGGGAGCUCCAAGUUCGAUGAGAUAUUUUCUAACAAGAAGGCCACCCUCAGCACCAAAUGGGGGGAGACAACGGCUACGGUGGGCUCCAAGAGGCCGGGCUUCCGGCCCGAGGUAAGCGAGCUUCCCAAAAAGCCCCGUCGCGUGGAAGAGGACAGCUCAGAGGAUCCCUUCGGCUUCGACAGCGAUGACGACUCGAAGCCCGUCACCUCACGCAACAUUGCUCAGCCUCGGGCCCCGCCCGCUGAGCCAAGCUGCGGCGAGAGGCCGCGUACCCCGUUCGGGCCCAACAGCAGAGUGGCUCAGUCAGCUAGCAUAGAGGCCGCUGCCCCCGGUUGGGAUGGUGCCAUCUUGGAUAGUGACAAGGACACCAGCAGCUGGGCCUUCAGCAGCAAUACAGGGAGGACAUGGUCGAGCGAGGGAGCAGCGAAGGACAGCUAUUCCUGGUAUAAAAACGCCUCGGAAAGCGACAAGAAGCCCACCUCCCAGAGUACCACGCUAAAGACUGAGGCCCGGGAUCCGCUGGGCAGCUGGAACUCUGUGGCUGGUCUGUCGGUGUCGUCCAGCUCUGAGCUGGUCGACCCGGCAUCCGCGUGGAAGGUGGGAGACGGGCGGGGCGGGGGGGACGUGGCCUCGGACCUGUGUGGGGACUUCCUUGGCGUAGGGGAGAGCGGGGAGCCCGGCACGGGCGACAGCGAGGUGCCGGCUGAGGAUCCCUCGCAGGGGCUCACCCGUCCCCCCAACUGCAGGACGUAUCACCGGCCCAACAAGGCCAGACAAGCGACUGGUGCAGAUGGCAAACCGCUGUCCAGCUCCGGGUCCCUCAGGGUCAGCGGCCAGGUGGACGGCACCCCCAGAGGCCGGACGCGGGACUACACGGUGCUGCACCCAUCCUGCCUGUCCAUCUGCAACGUCACCAUCCAGGACUCCAUGGACAGGAGUAUGGAGGAGUUCACCUCCACGACGGCGCCUGCUGACCUGGGAGAGGCCGGCCGUCUGAGGAAGAAGACGGAGGUGGUGGCCGCCAAGCCUGCCAGAUUCCGGCCCGCACAAAGCAAGUCCAAGAAGGAGACCAAGCUGGAUUUCUUCGGGUUCGAGGAAAGCGAGGGCCAGGGGGCCGACGGGGAUCCCGCCGCGUCGGGCAGUGCCACCUACAAGAUCAAGUACUUCGGCUUUGACGACCUGAGCGAGAGCGACAGCGAUGAGGAGGACGAGGGCUCGCUGGCCGCCGAGAAGAAGAGGGCCAAGAAGAAGGCGGCGGCGGCGGCGGCAGCAGCGGCCGUCACCGAGGCGACAUUGGCCACACCCCUAAGCGCUGACAGCCAGGACAGUCAGGCCAGCACAAACACGGAUGUCUCUGAGUACUCGGAGGAUUCCUGCCCAGUGGCACCCGGAGCGCAGAAGAGGUCCCAGGGAAAGCAGUCGGAGAAAUCCAAGGAAAGCAGCCGGAAGAUUUUCAGCGGCCCCAAGAAGUCCCCCACCAAAGCCGUCUACAACGCCAGACACUGGAACCAGCCGGAACCGGAGGAUCUGCUCCCGCCGCCGCCCCUGUCCCGCUCGAAGACUGCUCCGGCCAGUCUGUCAGGGGGCAGCAAGGAGACCAACUCCCACAAAAACGACGAGGGGGUGUUCAAACCGCCGCCGCCUCCCUCCAAAGUCAUCAAGUCGGUGACCUUCCCCGCGGAGCCGUGCCAGGACAUCGUCACGGCCCUGAAAUGCAGGAAGGAGCACAAGGAGCUGUACACCGUCGUCCAGCACGUGAAGCAUUUCAAUGACGUGGUUGAGUUUGGCGAGAACCAGGAGUUCACAGAUGACUUCGAGUACCUGGCCACGGGCCUUAAGAGCGGCCAGCCGCUCAACACGCGCUGCCUUAGUGUCAUCAGCCUUGCCACGAGGUGUGCCAUGCCUAGCUUCAGGAUGCAUUUGAGAGCUCGGGGGAAGGUCGCCCAGGUGUUCAAGACCUUGAACGAUGCCCCUCAACACCCGAACCUGGCGCUGUGCACGGCCUCCCUGAUGUACAUUCUCAGCCGGGACCGGCUCAACAUGGACCUGGACCGGGCUAGCCUGGACCUAAUGAUCCGGCUCCUGGAGCUGGACCAGGACUACAGUGCCGAGGACCAGAUGACGGCCAAGGAGAUGAGCCGAGUCAAGGAGAAGAUCCGUAAGCUGUGUGAGAGGGUGCACAACAAGCACUUGGACCUGGAGAACAUCACGACGGGACAUUUAGCCAUGGAAACACUGCUGUCUCUGACCUCGAAGCGGGCAGGCGACUGGUUCAAAGAGGAGCUCCGACUGCUGGGGGGGCUGGACCACAUUGUGGAUAAAGUGAGGGAGUGUGUGGAUGACCUGAGUCAGGAAGACGACAAGGAGAACCUGGUUGCUUCGCUGUGGGGAGCGGAGCGGUGUCUGCGGGUCCUGGAGAGCGUGACAGUUCACAAUCCGGAGAACCAGGGCUACCUAAUCGCCUACAAGGAGUCACAGCUCAUCAUCUCGAGUGCCAAGGCACUGCGGCACUGUGAGGCGAUGAUCCAGCGCUACAGCCGGGAGGUGAGUGGUGACCGUAGCAGCAACGUGGGCAAAGCGGUGGAGGACUGCAUGCGGGCCAUCAUCGGGGUGCUGCUCAACCUGACCCACGACAAUGAGUGGGGGAGCACAAAGACAGGUGAGCAGGAGGCUCUCAUUGUGACGGCGCUGAACUGCGUGCUGAAGGUCCCACAGUACCUCCCUCAGGAGCAGCGCUUCGACAUCCGCGUGCUGGGCCUGGGGCUGCUCAUCAACCUGGUGGAGUACAGUGCCAGGAACCGUCACUGUCUAGUGGAGAUGGAGCUGGAGUCCAGCGCGCCCUUCGACUCUGUGUGUCUGGCCAAAGGUGAGGAGCUCAUGGCAGAGAGGUCCCAGAGCGCCAUCGCUGUCCUGGUGCAGCUGUUCCUCCAGAGGGAGCGGGCGGCGGUGCUGGCGGAGGCCGAGACUGACGACUUCAUCAAUGACGCGCCCAAGCCACAGCAGGAUCAGAGCGGCGAGUGGCAGGAGACGUCCGGCGAGAUCCAGUGGGUGGCGGCCGAGAACGACGACAACGUCGACAAGAAAGACAAGAAGGAGGAGGAGGAGGAGGAGCUGGACCUCAACAAAGCUCUGCAGCAUGCUGGGAAGCACAUGGAGGACAGCAUUGUGGCCUCCUACACCGCAUUGUUACUGGGCUGCCUCUGCCAAGGGAGUCCCAUGAAUGUGACUACUGUGCGAGAGAACCUACCCAAAGGGGAUUUCUCCAUCAUGACAGAAAUGCUCAAGAAGUUCUUGAAUUUCAUGAACCUCACGUGUGACGUUGGCACCACAGGACAGAAGUCCAUCUCCCGGGUCAUUGACUAUCUGGAGCACUGUUAGCGGCUGGGCUCGGCGCCGGAGGAAGCCGGACCGUCUGGCUGGGGGAGGGGGGGGGGCACGGAGAGGCCACCUGUCACAGAAGCAGCAGCAGCUUCGCUGUCAGCAGAAAUGCAGCCGCCAGUCUCCCCCCACCAGAAGAGUGUGAGGCCAAUAACGAUGUUCAACUUACCUUAUCUUUAAUUUCACCUCCCCUCCCCCAGGUGUCAGUCAUACUGGUAGAGAGAACAUGUUUCGAGUGGUAUGCAUAUAUAUAUAAAAAUAAAAAACCAUUUCCAGUGACCGUUCCACACAUAGCUUAUCGAUAGUCGUCAGGUCCGUUAGCGCGAGGCGUCCAGGCCAGAGGGAGGUGUUCUGCACUGUCUCCGGCGUCACUGACGAACCUCCUCUUUUUUUGUCAUUCGCGGUCUCAGGCCCCCACUGUGGCCCCCACUGCGGCAUGCGCUCAUCUGGGUCGACCUCGUUCAGCCGCGAGUGGCACCAAUGAGAACGGAAGGGGCAGGGCUUUCUGCCCCCCCCCUCCCCCCGUCAGCCCAUCCUCCUGUCCAAGUGGCCGCAUGACCCGUGUCCGGGCUAAUUUGCAGUCGCGUGCAGCGUCUGCAGCCGGGAGAUUGUGCCCAGAGCUCCUUGGCUGGAACCGGCCCAUAGCUGCCUGCCCUGCUCAUGGUUCUCUCCUGCAAGCGCGGCUGCAUGCGUGGCGAUUCCUCACAUCUCCUCGCUCUCGCCGGGGCCCCGUGCUCGCUUCUUCGGUCAGAGAGGAGCACUCCGGGUAUGUUUGCAGGAUUCAUCUUGUAUCCCCGGAUGGUUCCGGAGCAGAUGUUCACGGUCCGGCAAAAACCUGGGCCGCCCCGUAGACGUGCACACUGGCAGCGCCUCUUCCGUAGCUGGCUGUCCGUGGCGAGUAUCUCCCGGUGUUUCCAUCACCACCUAUCUUAAGGUGCGAAGCCAGUGUUAGUUAAAGAUGCUCUUCAGUCUGGAGCUUGUAGGUCCUUGUGUGCGUUUUUUUUUUUUUUUUUUCCUUCUUCCAAUAGUAGAGUGAAAUGGGCAAGUUCACAGCAUGAGAUGCGUAGCUUGGCAAAGGACCUGGAUCCCGCAUGGCGGGAACCGCGAGUCUAUCCAGCCUUGUGUUAACCCCCCUCACCCCCACCCCCACUCACUGCUUACCCACAGAACAUGCUUUUAAAAGUGUUAUCUGUAUGCUUUUACUACAAAACAAUGUCGGAAACAAAUCCCUUAGCAGGACUGGAAAACCAUUCAUAUUUUAUUUGAAGCACUUGAAUUUAACUUUUGUCCCAUGAUGCUUCAGUCACCUCACACCCAGUCUUCUGUUUGAAUGUUACUUUUUCUUUUUUUUUGGGGGGGGGGGGGGUAGUAUCUGUUUUAAAUGUUUUUGUUUUAAUAUAUUAGUGAAAUGUAGGCUCUGUUCGAGGGUCCUACAGGGAGCUGUGAUGUAUUACACCCUGAUAUGCAUUUAGUUUGCGCGCCGAUUUAGGGUAGGUUCCAUCCGCACAUGCGCAGUAAGCUGAUUUAUUCCUGAGUUUGAUCGCAAGACCCACCGGCAGUUAACAUAAUAAGGACAGGGGUUUGCUGUGUCUUGGAUUUUUUUUUUUUGGGGAGGGGGUCGCCCGUGCCCAACCAGAAUUAGAACCUUUGUUAAUUUAAUUUAACAAGUCCUUUUGUAUAUUUAAACCUUGUGGUGUUGCUUCCCUGUUGAGGCCCUGUUCGGCUUUGAGUUUUAGCAGAUAUAUUUCGUAAGGAACCAGUCAAACGUUCUGCCUCUUGUAUUCCUAGCAGACUCUGGGCCAAUUCAAGCCCCUUUCACAGCAGCAGCUGAUUUGCUCGUAUUUGUAAAACCGAGGUGGACACUGACGUUUACGAGAGAUUAAUCUACGAAUCUGAAAAUGAAUGGGAAAAAGCAAAAUGUAAAUAGUUCUGUAAAUACCGGCAAUUGAAAGUUGUAAUCGUAGACUACUUUUCUGAAUUCAAUCCUAUUUUUAUUUUAUACAGUUUCUCAGUUGUGUCAUUUGAAGUACAAUAUAAAGUAUACAAAGCCAACUGCAGGAAGAACUUUGUACCAAUUUCAAGAAUUAUGUCUUUGAUUACCUGUACAUAAUUUUAACUCCAAUAAAAUUGCUACUUUCAAUACA